UCCUAUACGUCAGCUCAAAACAGUUUCAAUCUCUAAACUAUAUAAGAAUCUGCCAGGUAGCUUGAUAUCCAAGUGUUCCUGCAUCUAAAGUCAUCAUGGCAACGGAGGUUUCUGAGGCAAGCGAGUACCGCACCUUAUUGCUUCCCCCAAGCAAGCAUGGUCGUAUUCCGAGUUUCAACUGCUAUUACUCGACCCCAAUAGCGAGUUCCUCUCAGUCACAGACCGGAGAAACUUCUCCCAGGGUCCUCGCACGCAAAAUCUGGCCCUGGACCUUCUGGUUGCUACUGAAGUUCAUCGGGCUGUACAACUACCGCCGGAUUGUGACCCAGCGGCGGUGCGACCUGUGCCGUCUUGCCGUUCUCCAGCGCCGAUACCGGGAAAGGGGUGAAGAGGAGAGGAGUGGGUGGCUGUACCCGGGUGCGGUAGACGAGCAGACGGACGAAACCGAAGCAGAAAAGGAGGUACCGAUGAUCUGCGUGCUGGAUGCUGACAUCAACCCGGCGAAAGGUGGCACGGGAGCCGGAGAUGCUGAGACGACCGAUGGCUGCCAAGUGUGCCGUAGCAUGUGGUGGGAUUCAGGGGGUCUCUGUCGGCCGUACUCGGAGACAGAUAUCGGUGUUUGUGAGUGGAACCAUCGUGGCAGCACUGUACUCUCAGUCAUCUGGUCCCUGGUCCUGUUUGCGUUCACACUGUUCGAAAUGUCCCUUAAGAUCGAGUAUCUGGGAGGCAAGAAGCGGGACCUCGUUCCCUUCAUCAGCUACGCCACGCACAUCUUCUUCAACAUGUCCAUACCUGCUCUGAUUCUCCUGACCAAUUUCCGCCACAUGCAGAUGGACCGUCGCAGGCUGCGGAGGGUUCACGGUUUCCGCUGGUGGAAGGCACUUAGCAUCAGAUACAUCGUUAGACGCGUGCAGCACUUGGAGAUGGGAUAUCAGCUUCCCUGUCGAGGCUUUCUGACCGUGUGUCUGAGUUGGCCUCUCUUCAAUGGGAUGUACAGCUUGAUCUUCUAUGUCACCAUGGGUGGUUCACUCUGGCAAGCGAAGCUGUCUCUUGUCUUCAGUGUCGUUUGUAUGAUAGUAUGGGGCGCCUUCUGCUACCUCGUGCUGCUGCUGAGGUUGGCUUUCCUUCAGCAGCAACGUCUGGAGCUGGGGUUUCUCUGGAAGCAUGUGGGUGAGGUAGAUAUCUGUAGGCGACAGCUGGCCAUGUACGCCGAGGAUCUGGGAAGCAUGAGGAGGCUUGUAUCCAUCUGGAUCAUCAUGGUUGCUGCCAUCUCAUCCUGGGCCUUCUCCUCGCUGCUCUAUUGGGAAUACAUGGUCAUCAGCGGCGGUUUCAAGGUCAAGCACGAUUACUUUGUGGCGUUCAACAUCAACAUCUGGUCCACGAAUACCAUGUUCCUUGCUCUGCCUCUGUUGGCUGUCGGCGGUGUGGAUCUGAAGGGGACGUGGUCUCAGUUCAAGCAGAGCAUCAGUCAGAUGAGGUGCGAGUCUCACGAUGUCUUCUGGGACAAGAUUCUUGCCUUCUGCGAGGAGCAGUCUCCGGUCACCAGGGUGAAAAUGCUCACGCUGAUGUUCUCUGCUUUGGGUCUGUUUCUUGGUUUGCACCUAUCUAUGGAGGAUCAGGAUGUGUACAUGCCAACUCAGGAAACUUACUUCCUCACACCACUGGACAAUGCAUCCUAUUUUACUCACUCAUAAAUCUGCGUACUAAUAAAGUCACAAAAGCCUCUAAGUGUUAUUUUUACGCCUUGUAGAACUUUAAAGGCAUACAACAUUUUUUAUUGGACAAUUUUACAACGCGUUUGAGAAGUAAAACGCGCGCUUCCCCCAACUUGUUGACUUACAGUAUAACAACUUGUUUCACUCAAAAACCAACUUAUUUUUUUGAGAAUUGCAAAUUUACUAGUCCCUCGGCGCCAGCUGAUUUUGAGUAUUCCCCCCUUCGCUUCCUAUUCUGAGAAUUACCCAUUAUCCACGGAGCCAAGUCCUGUAUAACGUUUGAUAUGUCUAA